AGAGAGGGGAUCUGGGUUAUUAUUAUUAUUAUUAUUAUUAUUAUUAUUAUUACAUCUCUCCCUUGGGGUCGGGGGGUUUCUUUCUCGUACACACAGAAAGAAAGAACCGAAGCCCAAAUCCCGAGGAGAAGAAGCUUCUUCCGAUCCGGUCGGGCCCAAACUCCGAGAGCCGCAUCUCUUCGUCCUCCUCCUAAAUAAAAUAAAAUAAAAUAUAAGCAAAAUAUAAUCCAUCGAUCCUUUUGAAUUUUCCCUUCUUUUUUUUUUCUUUUUGGGCGGCGCUUCGUGAUCUCCUCCGAUUUCCCUCGGGGAGAGGAGGAGGAGGAGGAGGAGGAGGAAUUUGAUAAAUGGGGGAUUUUAGGGAGUGGGCGGCGUACGGGAGCAGCGCGGUGGCGCGGGGCUACCGGGCGCCGACGCUGGCGGCGGCGAUGGCGCAGUCGCUCUCCCACCCCGUGGCGAUCCGCCGCGACUCCCUCCGCGCCGCCGAGCGCCGCGCCGCCGACAUCGUCGCCCGCGUCCGCCCCACCGACGACUCCGAGUCCAAGCGCAAGAGCGUCGUCGCCUACGUUCAGAAGCUCAUCGGCGUCUCCCUCGGCAGCGAGGUUUUUCCGUUCGGAUCGGUUCCGUUGAAGACUUAUCUGCCCGAUGGGGAUAUCGAUCUGACGGCAUUUGGCAGCGCAGCUCCCGACAGUACUUUGAUCAGCGACGUUCGCUGUAUACUUGAAUAUGAGGAGCAGAACUCUGACGCUGAAUUCGAAGUGAAGGAUGUGCAGUACAUCAAUGCAGAGGUCAGGCUUGUUAAAUGCCUUAUCGAUAAUAUUAUUGUCGAUAUCUCAUUCAACCAGAUGGGCGGACUCUGCACACUCUGCUUUCUUGAACUGGUUGACCGACACAUCGGAAAGGACCAUCUCUUUAAACGGAGUAUCAUUUUGAUCAAGGCAUGGUGCUACUACGAGAGUCGUAUUUUAGGCGCUCAUCAUGGCCUAAUAUCUACUUACGCGUUGGAGACGCUCGUUCUCUACAUAUUUAACCUGUUCCAUAAAACAAUGGAUGGGCCAUUGGCGGUCCUUUACAGGUUUUUGGAAUACUUCAGCAAUUUCGACUGGGACAACUAUUGUAUCAGUUUGUAUGGUCCUGUUGCCAUAGCUUCAUUGCCGGACAUAGUCAUUGAAGACACAGAUAUACGUAGCGCCGACUUACUGCUUAGUCAAGAGUUCGUGAAAAGGUCUAUUAAAAAGUUCUCUUUACCUCUGACUGAGUCUGAGAAAAGCUCUGCGAAAUUUUGUCCAAAGUAUCUAAACAUAAUUGAUCCUCUGAGGGAGAACAACAACCUCGGCAGAAGUGUUAGCAAAGGUUAGAAGAUUCAGCUCUCAAUUCCCAUAGACAGAAAAUAUAUUGUGCGUUCCUUUUACGUGCUUGAUAGACCCUCUGAUGU